CCCCACCUUCUCCCCCCCCCCCCAUCUCUUUUCCUGUCUUUCCACAUCCUUAUCCGGGCCAAGGAUAUCGUCUCCGUCCUCAGUAUAGUCUCCCUCCGACAACUCAAAACACAAGUCUCACCAGCCUUCAUCUCAUCCAGCAACCAAGCAUCAACCGAGCAUCAACCAUGAACACCGAACCACCAGAGAGCGGCAACACCUUUUGGGCACAAAAGUCUGCCCUGGAGCAGCGUUAUCAAGUUAUCCUGGACAGGGUGACACCUCACACAAUAGAACGCUGGACCUUCACGGGUGUCGUCUUGCUGAUCUACUUCAUCAGGGUGCUGUUUGCUCAGGGUUGGUAUAUCGUGACCUAUGCCCUGGGUAUCUACCUCCUGAACCUCUUCUUGGCGUUCUUGCAACCGAAAUUCGACCCUUCAUUGGAGAUGGACAUGGCGGCGGACGCUGCCGAGGAGGGACCGACGCUGCCGAUGAGAUCGGAUGAGGAGUUUAGACCGUUCGUCAGGAGGCUACCAGAGUUCAAGUUCUGGCAUUCAGCGACGAGGUCCAUAAUAAUCGCGUUCGGAUGUACACUCUUCCGAGUGUUCGACAUCCCGGUCUUCUGGCCGAUCCUGCUCGUCUACUUCUGCGUCCUCUUCACGAUCACGAUGAAGCGACAGAUCCGGCAUAUGAUCAAGUACCGCUAUAUCCCCUUCAACGUCGGCAAGCGGUCGUAUGGAAAGAGUAGUUUCAAAUAAAGGACUCGGUCAGCAGAGGAAAUAGUAAAAAUAAAAACUGGAGAAGCGGAUCAGAUAAUGCCCUGUCUGUUCAAGACAGUUAGACAUCAAGCGGCCAUUCCGCCUUUUCAAAUCCCACCCUGUUUUUUUCUCCUGCGCUGGAUAGACUUUAUCAAUAAACUCUAUGCUAUCGAAAGAGUCGUGUGUUCUUUUAUAACAG